AUGUUGGAUCCCAACGCAAACCCACAUGAACACCCUUUCCUGUUCAACAGUGGCACAGAGAAAAUCACAAGUGACACAAGCCAUGAUACUUGGCAGGCCAUGAACUAUGCCUCCCGGGCUCAGAAAACAGCUCAGAAUUAUGCAAACUACAGGAGCUGGAACAGCAUGGGAGCUCGGAUAAACGACAGAGCUUCUACUGAUGAUGACGAAUACGACUCCGGUGUUUGCUCGCCGCCGUUGUGGGAAACGACAAGUCGUGUGAACAACUACCGGAGCUUGUCCCCUGCUUCUAGAACGCAAGCGAUUGCCAGAGGGCAGAGGGAGAUGAUGGAGAUGGUGAAGAACAUGCCCGAGUCGUGUUAUGAGCUUUCGUUGAAAGAUCUGGUGGAGCAUAAGAAGCCAAUGGUGGAUGAAGAAGAUGAUCAAGAUCAAAAUGAAGAAGAAGAUGAUAAAAGUACUCAAGUUUUGGUUAGGAGGGGAAAUCUAAAUGAAGAAGGGAAUUAUAAGAAGAAAAAGAGUGAGAAGAAGAAAUUUGUUAUGAGAAGUGGGAGUAUAGAUAGUGGGGGGUUUCUUUUGAAGAUGGUUUUUCCAAUUUCUUUGGGGCUCAAUAAGAAAAACAUGAACAAGAUCAACAACAACAACAACAACAACAACAAGAUGAAGAAGAGUGAUAGUGUGGUGGUGGUUGCAAAUAGCAAUAAUACAACAAGUGCAAAGGUGUCUCCAAAGCCUCAGGGGCAGGGGCAGGGGCAGGGGCAGGGGGUGGAUGGAUCUGUGAAGGUGGGUGUGGAGAGUGAGUGGUGGAAGAUGAAGAGGCCUUCUGUUUCUGAAAGGAGCGAAAGUGGUGUUUCUAGUAUUAACAGUGGAAGCAGGAAAAGCAGUGGCAGCAGCAGCAUUAGCAGUUCUAGCACCAGAAGCAUUAGCAGCAGCAGCAGGCGCAAGAAGGGUGGCUGCUGGUCAUUUAUCAUGCUCAAGAAGAAUAAGAGGCGGGAUUGA